AUGGGUAUCGUCGAGAAGAUUAAGGAGAUCGAGGAGGAGAUGGCUAGGACCCAGAAGAACAAGGUACAUAUCGAAAAGACAGCUACAGAAUAUCACCUUGGUCUUCUGAAAGCAAAGCUAGCUCGGUAUCGGGCCCAGCUUCUCGAACCUGCCUCCAAGUCUGGACCCGCCGGUGUCGGGUUUGACGUGCAGAAAUCAGGAGAUGCCCGAGUUGCAUUGAUAGGAUUUCCGUCUUCCACCCUCCUCAGUAAAUGUACUCACACCGCGUCCGAAACGGCAGCAUAUGAAUUCACAACCCUUACUGCGAUACCUGGAGUGAUCGAGUACCAGGGGGCACGUAUACAACUGCUCGAUCUUCCUGGAAUUGUUGAGGGUGCUAGUCAAGGCCGCGGUCGAGGGCGACAAGUUGUUGCUACGGCGAAGACAGCAGAUCUUAUUCUCAUCAUGCUCGACGCAACAAAGUCUGAAGAGCAGCGACGGCUUCUCGAGAUCGAACUCGAUGCAGUUGGUAUCCGCCUUAACAAACGCAAACCUGACGUAGUGUUCAAACGGCGAACAACUGGUGGUAUAACUCUGAAUACUACCGUAAAACUCACUAAGACAGACGAGAAGACUAUUCGCACCAUUCUGGCAGGAUAUAAACUACACAACUGUGAUGUGAUGAUCCGAGAAGAUAUAACAACCGACGAGUUCAUCGAUGUUCUCAUUGGAACUCGAAAAUAUAUACCUUGUUUAUAUGUUUAUAACAAGAUUGAUGCGAUUAGUCUGGAGUUGGUAGAUAAACUUGCAAGAACAGAGAAUACAGUCGUGAUCAGUUGCGAGAUGGACCUCAAUCUGGACUACCUUGUCGAGCAGAUAUGGGAAAGCUUAGAGCUUGUCAAAGUUUACACAAAGAAAAGGGGUGCACGACCAGACUUGUCGGAUCCUGUAUGUUUGAGAAAAGGCGCUACUAUCGAAGACGUCUGUUUGGGUAUUCAUAAAUCGCUCGUCUCAAACUUCCGCAAUGGGCUUGUCUGCGGAUUAUGGCCACUGACUACUCGCAUAGGGUCGUUCAUCCAAGUUCUCACCCCACGCACAGAAGGUCAGUUUGAACCAUCAGUUGCAAGACGAAGAUGUUGUUUCAAUUUUCACGAAGUAGUCACUGUUCAGUUACGACCUAUCGGCAUGAAGAAUUUUGAGGAACACGAACAAAUAUAA